CAGCGAUUGUCGACAUAAGAAAAUUUCCGUUAUAUAUGGGAACAGCGAUCUAUGCGUUCGAAGGCAUCGGUUUAGUGCUUCCGCUUCAGAAAGAGAUGAGAGAACCCGACUCUUUUGGCGGCUCUGUUGGUGUGUUGAACACAGGGAUGACAGUUGUCGCCUGCCUUUACACGGCUGUCGGCUUUUUCGGAUAUUUGAAGUUUGGCGACAAAGUGUUGGGCUCUAUAACACUCAACCUUCCGGCGGAGCCCCUCUACGAGACGUGUCGUCUGAUGUUUGCGCUGGCAAUAUUCCUCUCGUAUGCCAUUCAGUUUUACGUUCCCUUCAAUAUCAUAUGGCCUUCCGUUCAGUACCGCUUCAAACUCAAAGCCGAUACCAAAAAAACCCGUUUCGUUGAACUUUUAUUACGUGCCUUUUUGGUCGCCUCAACGUUCGCGUUGGCCGCAGCCAUUCCCCGAUUAGAUUUAUUCAUAUCACUUGUGGGCGCCCUUUCCAGUAGUUGUUUGGCACUUAUAUUCCCACCGAUUAUAGAAAUGGCCACAAAAUGGGACGACAGGAAUGUCAACUGGUGGUUACUUUCAACCAAAAACAUAUCCAUAUUUCUGGUGGGAAUCAUCGGCUUCUUCACCGGAACCUAUGCUAGUCUUGAGGAUAUACUAAAGGCUUUAAAGAGUUGAUGAGUUAAAGAGUUUACAUAUAUUUUGUACAUAAUUUAUAAAUUUAUUAUAAUUAUAAAUUAUUUUUUUUAUUAAGUUUAUAAUCGAAAUUUUAAUUAAAUAAAUGUCAGAGAUUUUUAUAUGUAAA